CCAUCAAACAUUACCAAAUAAACCUUAGUUAUAUGUCUACAAUAUUUCCCUGAUACACUCUUUCAUUUUGGUUCGCCUUCAUCUUUGAUUUUGUUUUCAUCACUUUCAAAAUGAAGAUUCUGGGUGCAGGGUCCCUUCAUCUUGUCUAUGCACUCCUGAUUUUACUACAUAUGCAAACUUCAAUUGGAUCCAAUUCAACAACAGCUGAUGAUGGAGUUAAGUGCAUAGAGAGUGAAAGACAAGUUCUACUCGCAUUUAAGCAAGGUCUGGUUAAUGAACAUGGAUGGCCUUCCUCAUGGGGCAGUGAAGAAGAGAAAAAGAAUUGCUGUGAAUGGGAAGGAGUUCAAUGUAGCAACACAACUGGGCACGUCACUAUACUUAAUCUAACCAAGUAUUCAUAUGACCGUCAUUUUAUCUUAAGAGGUAACCUUAGUCCUUCUUUAUUUGAGUUGCAGCAUUUAAUUUAUUUAGACCUUAGUGGGAAUAAUUUCAACUUAAACCACAUUCCAGAGUUUAUCAGUUCACUCAACAAAAUACAACAUCUUGACCUCUAUAAUUGUAAUUUAAGUGGAUCUCUUCCUAGUCAGCUUGCAAACCUCACAAGUCUGCAAUAUCUUGAUCUUGGCUAUAACAACUUCAACAGUGUCAAAAAUCUUGAGUGGCUCUCUCGUCUUUCUUACUUGCAAUACCUUUAUCUGAGUGAAAUCGACCUUAGUAAGGUCAACAAUGACUGGCUGCAAGUAAUUAAUAAGCUCCCUCAUCUAACUAACCUGUCUCUAAUUAGAUGUAAUCUUCGAGAUGUCAUUCCCCAGUAUUUCCCCAUAAUUAAUUCUUCUAGUACUUCUCUCGUUCACCUUGGUCUAAGCGGCAACAAUUUGACUGCUUCUACAUUCCAAUGGUUGUUCAACUUUAGCAACAGCCUUGUUAGUCUCUACUUGAGUUCUAAUCAAUUUCGAGGUCCAAUUCCAGAAACUUUUAGUCACAUGGCUCUUCUGGAAAAGCUUUCUCUCUGGAAUAAUCAAUUUGAAGGAAAGAUUCCAAAAUCCUUUUGGAGUGGUAGCUUAUCGUCAGUGCGAUACUUGGAUCUUUCAUAUAAUCAACUGAGUGGUACUAUACCCAAAAGUAUCAAAAUCCUGUCAAAGCUUGAGAUUUUAGAUAUUUCUUUCAAUUCUUUUAAUGGGGUGAUCACUGAGGAACACUUCUCAACACUAUCUAAUUUAUUGUACCUGAGCAUGUCUUCUAAUCGUCUGAGGAUCAAUUUCAGCCGUGACUGGAUUCCUCCAUUCCAGUUGAAAUAUAUUCAUCUAGGGUCAUGCAAAUUGGGCCCCGCUUUCCCAAGCUGGUUACAGACCCAAAGGAAUUAUCGGGUUCUUAAUAUUUCUUCAGCUGGAAUUUUAGAAAGCAUCCCCGUCUGGUUCAGUACUCUGCCUUCUACAGCACUACUCAUAGAUCUUUCUUCCAAUCAAAUCAGUGGAAUUCUUCCAGAUUUGUCAAGGAAUUUUUCAUCUGAUUCUUAUGCCCUUAAGAUAGAUUUCAGUGGAAAUCAUUUGGAGGGUACAUUACCAUCAUUUCCUGCUAAUACCACGCACAUAAACCUCUCAACAAAUAGGUUUAAUGGGUCAAUUUCUUCCCUUUGUGCAAUUAUUGGUAUGUCCUUCAACUUCCUCGAUCUUUCAAGCAAUCAACUAUCUGGAGAGCUUCCCGAUUGUAUGAAGCGUUGGUCAAGCCUGCAGUUUCUAAAUUUGGCUAACAAUGAUUUCUUUGGAAAAAUUUUGAGCUCUGUGGGAUCUCUCUCUUUGAUUGAAACGUUUGAUUUGCAAAACCACAGCUUCUCUGGGAAAAUUCCUAGCUCUUUAAGGAACUGCAGUAAAUUGCAAUUUCUGGGUUUGAGUAAUAAUAGAUUGUCUGGAAAUGUACCUGGUUGGAUUGGAGAAAUGUCAAAUUCACUAAGUUUCCUCCUCCUAAAAUCCAAUUAUUUUGUUGGAGAAAUCCCAUUAGAGAUAUGCCGGUUGACAAAUAUUCUGCUACUGGACCUCUGUAACAACAAUCUCUCCGGACACAUACCAUGGUGCAUUGGUAAUCUAACUGCCUUGGCCAGAAAAGACAUUGUAGCUCGACCCCUUUUCCCCUAUAUAGGCUAUGCUGGCAACAUAGCAUCUAUAUGGACAGGAAAAAGAUAUGCUCACAAAGUACCUAUUAUAUGGAAAGGAAGAGAAUAUAUUUGUGAAGAUCUCUCAUUUCAAAGGACCAUUGAUCUUUCAAGUAACAAAUUAACAGGAGAAAUUCCAAUCCAAUUGUCGAGACUUUCUGAAAUGCAUCAAUUGAAUUUAUCAAGAAACUAUUUGACUGGAAGGGUUCCACCAGAUAUGGGGCAGAUGAGACAAUUGGAAUCACUUGAUCUUUCACACAACAAGCUUUCAGGCCGACUUCCUCCAAGCAUGUCCCAGUUAUAUUUUCUCAGUAAAUUGGACCUAUCAUAUAACAACUUUUCAGGGAAAAUUCCAACCAGCACUCAAAUGGACACCUUUAAUGCUUCUGCAUUUGUUGGUAAUCCUACACUUUGUGGGCCACCUCUAACACCAUCAUGCCCAGGUGAUGAAAAAUUGAUAGAUGAUGGUGUUAAAUACAAUCAACAAGACAAAGAUGAAUUUUGGAAAGGGUUUAAAUCGAGUAUGAAACUCGGAAUGGCUUUUGGCUUUGUGGGAGUUUUGGCUCUCAAGAUAGAUCAUCCCUGGAAACAUGUUUGCUUCUUGCUGUCCAACUAUAUGAAGGUCUACCUCAGCAACUUGAAAGGCUGCCUCUGCUUGAUUGUGUCAGCACUUUGUUGGUGAUAACAGUGAGUGCUGCUAGACUGCGAAGAAAGUUGAACUUUUAGGAUUGAUCCCUUGGAAGGUAUGUCUUAGGUUUGUUUACAACUUUAUGUUGUCUUGUUCAAUUAUGAGUAUUACUUAACUGGAAAAUAACAGAGGAGAGCACCUUUAAUUGUUGUUUUUAGGUUCGAGAUGCUUCUUCAUGGGCUUCAAGGGCUUCUCUUGAGAGCUGAAAUUCCAGCGCCUCCUUUUCAGCUACCCCUGUUUUCAGAACAACCUGUUUUAUCUCCUCUAUUUGUGUAAUAAAUUAUGGUUCGUUUGUGCGUUUUAUGGUUUUGUGUAAUAAAUUAGUUUGUAAGGA